UAACAUUACCGCUUGUAUACAGCUUAAAUUGAGUUUUAAUCUUCCGGGUUCUCUUACUGGUCUUAAGUGUAGAAUAACCUAGGUUAACAUAGGUUGAAUGUAGUAAAGUAUGGAUUACGUACGUAUUGGAGUGAAAUAUGCCAUAGUAAUGAUAUUAAGGAUCUAUGUAGUGCAUACCCAAGAAUGCGAAAGGGUUUUUUCAUUACCAGCCACACAACCUGUACUAAAAUUCACUUUUGAACGUUCUCAUGAUGGAACUAUUCAGCUUCUACAGCCAGAAAAUAAUCCCAUCUUUGAAAUUUCGUGCCUCGGUACUUUAUGCUACAGUGAUCAGUACUUAAACUGCAGCCUCGCACCGACUAGCGACAUCGGUUCUGGCAACUUUCACAUCAAACUCAACAGUUUUGGGAACGGGCAGCAAGGAAUGUAUAAAUUUACCAUUGGUGGAGGAACAACGGUGUUGAAAUGCAUCAAUCUACACUUGCUAGGUACACCCAAUACUCCCAGCAUAAGCCCGAACAGAGUGCCUCAUGAAGAUGAAAAAGUGACAUUGACGUGUCGAAGUACAUCUACAACUGAUCCCCCGGGACACGGCUUGGUGAUGCGUUACGCCUGGACCAAAGAUGGAAUUACAUUAUCAUCAGGGGGAAGGUUCACCUUACUACCCAAUACCGCCGCUAUGUUGACCAUAUCCAACGUCAAACAGAGUGACGAACUGUCACAGUUCACGUGUACGGCUACGGAAGAAAUGGGCCUGCCAUCUGACAGCAGCGCAGCCUUCCAGAUCACCAUUUAUUACGGUCCCAAUAAUAUGGCCUUUAACUCAACCGGCGAUUCUAUUGCCCUACGUGAAGGGGAUAGAUUUUCUUCAAUAGCGUGUGUUGCAGAUUGCAAGCCUUCAUGCACCUUCAGAUGGACGAAGGGUCAAACUUCUGUGAGCACUUCAGCAGUACUGGACCUCGGUGUCGUUAGUAGAGAUGACCAAGGAGAAUACACAUGUACUGCUACUCAUUCCGUCUAUACGGUGUUUACUGAUACCAAGCCGUAUCCAAUCACUGUCAUAUAUGGUCCAGACACGGUAUCCCUAUCACCUCCUUCAACAAUAUAUACGAAGAGCGAGCAUGACCCCCUAGGAGAAAUAUUCUGCUCUGCAGUUUGUACUCCCGAAUGUGCGUACACUUGGUCAAAAGAUGACACUUCCGAAACGUUACGGAACAAUGCAAUCUUAAAUCUUGGUCAACUUUCAAGACAAGAGGCAGGGUCGUAUAUCUGUACUGCUACAAACCCUAGCUCAUCCGCAACACGAAAUGGUUCCACUGUGGUUGUGGAGGUCAUAUACGGUCCUGAUGCUGUGACAUUAAAUGUACCAAGCGUCUACUCAGUAUCAGAAGAAGCCACCGUCAGUAACAUAGAAUGUUCAGCCGACUGUUGGCCAGGUUGUGUCUUCACUUGGACUAACGUGACAGGAAGUCAAUUAAUCAGUUCCUCAAACGUCCUGGUGUUUGGGAGAGCGGAUCGCUACGACGCUGGUGAUUACAGUUGCUUGGCAAAGAACUCUGCAAAUCAGUUGUCUGGAGAGGCAGAAAAACACUUCACCCUUCGUGUUCAAUACGCACCUGAAGUUUUUAUAAGCAUGUCGAAUAUCUUAUGGACGGAAAACACCCCGCUCGACCUUCGGUGCAAGGCGUCAGGUGAACCAGAUAUUUACAACUUUACCGGCUUUGUACAGCGAGUCGUAGAUGUGGUGGUCCCCAACAGUCACAUACAGAGCCCGGGGGUUAGGGAUAGCAUAUCUGUCAACAUUCCCUCUCUCCAACUUCAGGAUACAGGGAUUUAUGAUUGCUAUGUUCAUAAUGGAGUUCCUGGUGUAAACAAACAACUCGUUCAAACUGCUUCACAAAGGAUCGAUGUCCAAGCAUCUCCAGUAAUAUUCUUGACAGAAAGUAGUUUUGCCGGAGAAACGUCAGAAAACAUCACCAUAGUUAUUCCCUUUGUCAGCAUUCCUGAAUAUACAACUUACAGCGUGUUAAAACACGAUGGACAACCGAUUUUUAAGAAUGAAAAAUAUACUUUACUAAUAAAAAAAGAUUUUGUUAAUGCUGUGUUCUACGGAGAAGAAGUCACUUUAGCUGGAAACGUUCUUGAAAUGAUAAUUAACGACUUGUCAGAAGAAGAGUUUGGUGUAUACAACGUACAGAUUACGAAUGAUAUAAAUACGGCAAAUUUCAGCAUCCAUGUAAUGGAUACAAGAAAACCGUCACCUCCAACGGAGCUAAAGCUUACAACAUUGAAUGACACCGUGAUUUUUGAGUGGACAAAGGGUUUCAACGGCGGACAUGAACAGACAUUUGUGUUGCAGAUGUCGCUUAAUCCAGAUGGUCCCUGGGUAAAUAGAACCAACAUUAUGGAAUCGGAAUCAAAGUAUAUUAAAUACACUGGAAGGUAUCAAGUAAAUCUUAAGAACCUAGACCCAGGAAUAUACUAUGCUAGGCUUGUGGCUGUUAAUCGUAUUGGAGCUGCGGAUCCAGUUACGUUCAAAGAAACAGUUGAGGUCGUGGAAUUGAGUGAAGAAGCUACACAUCAAACCAGCGUCGGGCCAGUUAUAGGAGGAACUGUUGGGGGAAUAAUCGCAGCACUAGUUGUGGUGGUAUUACUCAUACUCGUCAUUAGAAAAAAGUACACCUGUAUCUGCUUAUGUAAACUGGCCAAGCGGGAAGAUGUAUAUGAGGGCACAGAUACAGACAAUAGAAUUGAUACACAUAGUGCCGACGAUCCUGGACUUAACACAACUCAAACGUAUGAGGCCCUAUCUAUGACAAUGGACACCGUGGCGUAUGAUGAACUUAAAAUUGGAGUCAACGGAGCAAAUCACUUAGACGUGUUGAAUGCGUCUAGUGCAAAGCCACUUCCAUACUACGGGAAUGUCCAAACAGGAGAUACAACAGUGUGCAACAACAUCAUUCCAAAUACCCAGGUGCAGACAGUUCUUUAAGUGAAAGAAACAACUAAAACAAGGAACAUUAAGGAUAAGAAACCGUGUUAAGAUUGUAUUGUCAUGAUACGUCCCAACAAACACCAAAGGCUAACAUUAAAGUUUGAAGCAAAAAUGUUUUUAAUCUUUGUUUAACUUAUUUGACUUUGUUGAUCGAAACAAAGAAUAACAUAAGAUUUUUGAACAUUUAAAAAUUUAAAACACACACUUAAAAAGCGCCAAAAUAUCGCUUAUAUGAUUGUACUCAAAUCAUAUCCUUUUUUGCUUUGCUUGGAUCAUUUAAGUUAAAUGAGUUAAAUAUCACAAUGCAUUAACACUUUACAUUAAAAACAUUAAAAACAUGUUUUACAUCUAUCGAGUGUAACUUAUAAUGUGAUGUUUUGAAUUUGUCAAUGUAAUACAAAUUCGCGAACAACUUCAUUGUUUAGUUUUCUGAUCUGAACUUCGUUCUCAGGCGUGGUUGACCAGUGUUAAGCUGAAAGUUAGUCCCCCUUAAAAAAUUUAACUAAGACUUAAAUUAAGAUUGCCCAAAUCAAGAAAAAACAUCAGUUUGCUGUUCCAUUGUUAUUAAGACUGAAAUUAAGAUAGCCCAAAUCAUGAAAAAGCAUCAGUUUGCUGUUCCAUUUUUACUAAGACAAAAAUUAAGAUUGCCCAAAUCAUGAAAAUGCAUCAGUUUGCUGUUCCAUUGUUUUUAAUCUGUCUUUGAAAUUUGAGGGGCAAUUCCAUUUCCAUCAUGCGCUUAUUACCACAUGGCGGGAUAUAUUUGAUAUAAAAUUUAAACUAAUAUACUUCUGAAUUUUAAUAUUUCACCUAUAAUGGAUGAAUCCUCGUCUGCCCCCUUCCCCUCCCCCCUUCGCCCCCUUAGAUAUGCCUCUUUGUUAACACAAAUAACAUAAUGUGUAAACUUUCGUUCAUCCUUGCUUAUCAUAAUGCACAGUUACAGUUUGCCGGGUAGUUGUAACUUAUAUUUAAUCAUAUAAACCUCAUUCAUAGAAUACAUGUAGCCUUGUGAACCAAAUGUCAUUUUAUUUGAAAUGCAGUCCGUCCUGUGUCUUGCAUCUGUAUUUAUUUAGUAUAUAUUUACAGCACACAAAAAUGGCUGCAACUUACAGUCUGCGAACAACACAACCAUUUUUUGCUUUAGAUAAAUUAUUUAAUUCAGCAAACCAUUUGUUUACAUUUUAGUCUUUGUUACAUUUCACAAAUAAAUAUAUAUUAAAAUAUUAAAAUCACCAACACUUUGAAAUAAACAUACAUCAUAAAAUCCUAGUGAUUGUAAUAUAUCUAAAAUAACUUUUGUUAAUGACUAACAAUUUGGCUAUCAUUCUAAAUCUGUAUACGAUUUUGUUUAAACAGCUUUAACAUAUUUAAUAUCAUCGCAUUGAAAAAUCAUUAACAAAUAAGUAAUCACAUUUACAACUCCUAUUAUUAGUAAUGGUAUUCUACCAAGUUCUCCAUACUCAAAAUUGUUCUGAGUUUGGUUCUAACACGCAGUAUUUCUUAACAUAACUUGGAAUAAACUCUUUCUAACUUAAUGCUAUCUUGUAGACCCAAAACUACACCACCAUAGUUUAAAACAAGAUAUAUUUAUUUAUUUAUGAAACAAAGAUAAAUGAUGGCAUGUUGCUAUAGCAAAAAAAAUUUACUAGGUCUGAAUUAAGCUUGUAAAAAAGAAUUCAUAGCAUCCUGACCAAGUGUCAAACGUUGUGCUAACCCACCAGUGGUAAAUACUAUUCCUAGAUAAGUCAAUUUAUUCACAAUUUCAAACUCAAGCCCUUGAUACAAAAAUAUUAAAUUUCGCUUUUUUUUAAAUUAUUACCUUUGUUUUAUUUGCAUUUACACGAAUAUUUAUGUGAAAAACUAUCUAUAUCAGUAAUCUUAUAACAACAACAGGCCAUUUUGUAACUCAUUUUCAGAUUUUGAUAAAAUAGACUGCCCUAAAUACGUUUUCUUUUUGAAAAAAGAAGCUUAACCGAUUUUAAAAAUUAAGAUAGUUUUAUCAUUUGUGUACACAUUUCCGAUCUAUAAUGUAUUCAAAGUUGUACGAAAGCCAUGCCAAACAACAAUGGUAAAUGAUUAUAAUUAUGUUAACAACAACAUGACUUUACUUAUGAAAUAUGCAAACUCAUAUCAAAGAAAUUGUUAUUGCAUCCACUACAUCUAUAACUUAAAAGGGUUGAAUUUUUACAUUAUGAGCACGACGUUUUGAAUCAUUUGACUCAAACAGUCAUCAGGAAAAAGAAAUAAGUAGUUUAUAAUGACGUCACAUACACAAAUGGAUCCAACCAGCAACACACGUAAUCAUUUAUUUUUUCUAAUCAAUAGUUUAAUUAAUAAUUGUACAUUAAAAGGUAGUUCAAUCAUUUCUUGACUGUUGACUU